CGGGGGCUGGACUUCGAAACCGAAAGUCAAAACGUAGUCUUAGUACAUCUAUGCUGAUGGCUCAUAUUUCUUGUUCAGCCUUGUACUGACUCUAUUUUUUAGCGAAUUUCCAUCGAAUGAAAUGCAGAUUGUCUUAAAAUCAAAAUCCACUGAAUGCUAACACUAAAAGAAUGGAGCCCAACGCGGAAGAUGACAGGUAUUCAGAUGAGGAGGAGGAGAGGAAAAAACAACAAAGACCACCCUCCAGUUAUGGUUCAAUGAAAAGUGACAGUGAGGACUUUGAGAACACUGGUGCUUCAGAGGCAGAUGAAGAUGGCCAAGAGGAAAACCAGUGUGAUCAAGAAGUGGCUGGGGUUUUUAAUCUCCCUGCUCCUGUUCAGGAGGGGACAGGGGUGCAGAUUAAUCGUCCAAUUUCUCCAGAGACAGAGUACACCAUGACGACAAUGCAGACCAAACCACCUGGAGCACUUGUCAUAGAGACCAGUUCUGAUAUAGAGCAGUCUCUUGAAGAUGAAAAUGAAGAGAUUGAUGAGGAUGAUGAUAAUAUUUUGAUAACCAACUCACCUGAACCACCAGAGCCAAUCGAAUUUGAACUUGAACAGCCAAUGGAUAUCCACGGCCAGCCAGGCAAAUUGCACCUUGAACAGGAUCUGCCUCAUGUCUUUAAGAAUAUACAGAAAGCCCUGACGGAUCUCAGCAAAGAGGAGCUUUACAAGUUUAAGCUAAACUUUCAUCAACGACAGUCUGGUUUUACUCUUCAACAAAUGUUUGAGGGUGAUUUACUUGAUUUUGUGGAUCGGAUUAUUGAGAUGUUUGGCCAGGACCGUUCUCUUUUAAACACAAUAAGUACCCUUGAUAACAUCACCAAGACUAAAGAAGCUGAAGAACUACGAGAGAAUUGCAAAAAAGCAUUGAUUCGUUCUAGUCUGAAGCAAGAUAUAGUUAGAAAAUAUGAGUACAUCUUUGAGGGAAUACCUCAACCAGGAAAACGCAGUCGUCUGAAUGAAGUCUAUGUUGAGCCAGAGAUUGUCCAUUAUGCCUGUGGAGGUGUUGUCUCUUCACACGAGUUGAGAUUUCCCCUUCAGUCACCGUACCAGAAUGGAAAUGCAGACACUUUGGUUAGCUUGAACAAUCUGUUUCGAAUACAGAAGCCUGAUGGUCAGCCUGUACGCACUGUGCUGACUUCAGGAAUCGCAGGUAUCGGCAUGACUGUGUCUGUAGGGAAAUAUUGUUAUGACUGGGCAGAACAUCGAGCCAAUAAGGAUUUGCAAUAUGUGAUCACACUACCGUUUAGUUCUUUGUGGAUUCUGAGGAACAGAAAUCUUUCUGGUUCAAAUGAAAUGUCCAUCAUGAGUGUAAUAGAAUAUCAUCAUUCUUUGUGUAAAACUAAGAAAUAUUUAGAUGAUGAAGACUGCAAGUUUCUCAUCAUAAUGGACUCAUUUGACUGUUACCAAACUGUGCUGGACUGGAAGAAUUCUCCCAUCAUAAAAGAAAACCACACUCCUGCAAAAGUAGAUGAUUUGAUUGUGAAUCUUAUCAGGGGCACUCUUCUCCCCAAAGCUCAAGUGUGGAUUUUAGGUCGACGGGCUGCAGUCUCUCAGAUUCCAUCAGAAUUUAUCGAUGCUGUAACUGAAGUCCAAGGAUUCAAUGAGCAGAUGAAAGACGAUUACCUGACCAGACGCUUCAUGGGGGAUAAAAUUGUAAAUCAUUAUAAACAACUGCCCACACUCUGUGUUAUGACUCGGCAGCCGUUCAUCUGCUGGAUGGUGUCCAGAAUCUUUGGGCAUAACUUUGGAAGCAAGCAAGAUUAUGGAAGACAUCCCCCCAAACUGACUCCAUUUUAUGUGAACACCUUACUUAUCCAAACCAACCGCAGACUGCAGUUCUACUAUGAUAAAGCUGAAAACAACCUGAAAUGGUCCGAUGCUGACAGGGAGAUGUUGAACAACUUGGGGAAGAUGGCUCUGAAGAUGUUGGAGCAGAAUUCUAAUGUGUUUGUUGAGGAGAACAUGAAAGAGCACAGUCUAGACUUCACUGAUGUCACAGUAUUUUCUGGCCUGUGUAGUGAGCUGCUCCCAGUGUCUUCAGGAAAAAGAAAAUUCUGUUUUAUACACCCAACUGUUAAGGACUUCAUGGCUGCUUUAUAUGUUUACACCGCUUUUCGUGUGGAGUCCAAAAACGUUCUGAAACAGGCGCCCACUUUCUUCACGUCCAGUCAGCAAAACAAAUCAGCAGCAGAAGUUGUGCAAUGUGCCAUAAAUCAGACUUUUAACUCGCCACUGGGACAGUAUGAGAUGUUUUUGAGAUUCCUGUGUGGCUUGCUUUCCCCCAACAACAACAGACUGCUUAGUGGAAAUCUUUACAACCGCAGUAAUGACAAGGUGAUUGGCAAAGAUGUGACGGCAUUGCUAGAGAGGACGCUAGAAACUUGUCCACAAGAUAGGACAGAAAACAUAAGAGAAUGUUUGAGAGAGCUAACCCAGGUGGAUGAUUAGUUGUUGAAAAUUCACUAAGUUAAGCACAUUUUUGUAUCCUUAAGUUACUCUACAGGGUGAAUGGGUUGAUGAAAUGUGUGCAUGUAUGUGAUUUUUGUUGUUAGCAUUUAUGUGUCAUGUAGACAAACUAAAAUAUUUUUGGGGAGAUUUGAAAAGCGUUUGGAAUCCUUAAUGCAACUCCUAUUUUUUAUAGAAAAAUAUGAAAAGCUUGAUGAAAUUUUUAUGAUUUCAUAUUUGAGUUUGUGCAUACAUAAAUUUGACACUAAGGAAAAGAGUGGUACUGAGGAAAUGUGUCAUGUGCUUUAGCCUUUUAAUAAAUUGUUUUUAUAUUG